AUGCACAGACCAAAACCUCAUAUUAGAGUAAUGUAAGAAAAGGAGAUGCUGGAUGGAUACAGCCGACUUUAGUAAAUAGGACCACUCAUAACUAUUCCCAGAACUGUUGAUCGGAUACCGAACAUGAAGAAAGUGUAGAUUUUGGAAGAUAGAUACACUUAAAUUGAGAAGGACAAUAGACUGUUAUUGGAGAAGAUCACCAAUAUUAUGAAUAGCACUAAUAUCAAGUUGGAUAAGCCAAAGAGAAUAAGCAGCUUAAAUACACGAAAGAAAACUGAACAAGAAUAAAUUAGAAGAGAUAAUUUAAUAUUAUUUAAACAUAUUACAACAAAAAAAUCAUCGUAUUCAAAGCAAUAAUAUGACAAGGAGUGGAACUAAACAAAACAAUAUUUUUAUAAUUUAUCGGGUUUGAGACCAUCAACAUAAAAAAAUAAGGGACUUGUCAGAUCUUUUGAAUUUUGA